AUGAAUGAUUUAGAUUCAUGGAGGGAAAUGGUAAAAGGAUAUCGGGAUGAUCCUGAGGGAGUUGCUAAAAGAUUUGAAUUAAUUAUUAAAAAUCAAGAUCCAGACUGGAAGGACAUCAAUUUGAUGCUAGAUGCCUUAACUGAAACUGAAAAGCAAUUAAUAAUAAAGGCUGCUUGGACUCAGGUCCAAAUUCAAAUAACUGCUGGGGUUUUACCCAGUACGGUAGAUAAUCACGUACCGAGAACAGACCCCAAUUGGGACCCUAAUGAUGAUAGUGAUUACCGAUUGUUGAAAAAAUAUCAAGAAUGGAUAAAGAUUGGUAUUGAAAAUGCGAUACCAAAAGGAGUUAAUUGGUCAAGUCUGUAUGCAGUAAAACAAGGGGGACCGGGGGAAUCCACCCUAGCAGAUCCACUGGUUAAAGUUAAGCUAGGGAAAAUAGAACGAGAGGUGGAUUUUCUGGUAGAUACGGGAGCGUCCUAUUCAGUGUUAAAUCAAAGGUUGAUACUGGAGGAUGAAGAGUUUGUGACUGUAGUGGAAGCUACUGGCCAGCAGAAAAAGGCUUUUUUCCUAAAACUGCUUAAAUAUAAAUUGGGUAAACAGAUAGGAAUACAUAAAUUUUUGUAUUUGCCUGGAUCUCCAAAAUCCUUGUUAGGUCGCGAUUUGCUAGAACAAUUGGAAGCAGAAAUUGUUUUUGAAAAAGGAAAAAUGGAAUUAAAAAUCAAGGAAGACCAGCUAAUUAACAUUUUAAGCUUGGCAUUAAUACAAGCUGAACCAAAAUUUGAAGUACCUCCAGAAAUUGUUGAUCAAGUAUAUCCUGGAGUCUGGGCCUCCGAGGUUCCAGGAAAAGCUAAAAAUGCAGCCCCUAUAGUAAUUAAGCUGAAACAGGAAGAACCUGUCAAAGUUAAGCAAUAUCCCCUGAAAUUAGACGAUAGGAAGGGGAUCAAGGAAAUAAUUGAUAAGUUUCUACAAUAUGGAAUAUUAAUUGAGUGUGAAUCAGAAUAUAAUACACCUAUACUACCAAUUAAAAAGGCAGACGGGAAAAGCUAUAGGUUGUUCCAAGAUCUGAGAGCCAUAAAUAAGAUUACUGAGGAUAUACAUCCAGUAGUUGCGAAUCCAUAUACUUUGUUAACAAAGCUGAAAGAUAACCAAGUUUGGUUUACCGUGCUGGAUUUGAAGGAUGCCUUCUUCUGUCUGACCUUAGCCGCAGAAAGUCAGAAUUUGUUUGCUUUUGAAUGGGAGAAUCCUGAGUCCGGAAGAAGAACUCAGCUAACCUGGACAGUAUUACCCCAAGGCUUUAAGAAUAGCCCCACUAUCUUUGGAAAUCAAUUGGCGAAAGAGCUUGAAACUUGGGUAUCUCCAGACAAUGAAGGAAUUUUGUUACAAUAUGUGGAUGAUCUCUUAAUAGCUACCGAAACCAGGGAAAGCUGUAUUCAAUGGACUGUGAAUCUUCUUAAUUUUUGGGGUUUAAGAGGGUAUCGAGUCUCUCAACAGAAAGCCCAGCUGGUUCGACAGCGUGUGACUUACCUGGGAUUUGAAAUCUUGGGAGGACAACGGGAGCUCGGGACCGAGCGAAAAGAAGCCAUUUGCCGAACCCCGGAGCCCCAAACGGUAAAAGAGCUGCGGACCUUUCUGGGAAUGACAGGUUGGUGUCGCCUUUGGAUAUAUAAUUACAGAUUAUUGGUAAAGCCAUUAUAUAUAUGAUUGAUAAAGAGAGACCAGUCAAAAGUAACUUGGACUGGAGAAGCACGAAACGCAUUUAGGCAGCUCAAACGAGAACUAAUGAGAGCUCCUGCUCUGGGACUGCUGGAUGUUUCAAAACCGUUUUGGCUGUUUUCUCAUGAGAGACGAGGAAUAGCCUUGGGAGUACUAGCACAAAGACUUGGUCCCUAUAAACGAGCAGCAGCUUAUUUCUCCAAACAACUGGACAAGGUAAGCAAAGGAUGGCCUGGCUGCCUUCGAGCUGUUGCAGCAGUUGUUAUCAAUAUUCAAGAGGCCCGAAAGUUUACCAUGGGACAGAAAAUAACGGCGUUAGUCUCCCAUACAGUUUCAGCUGUUUUGGAACAAAAAGGAAGCCAUUGGCUCUCGCCCCAGAGAUUCUUAAAGUACCAAGCAGUGUUAGUAGAACAAGAUGAUGUAGAAAUUGUAGUUACUAACAUUGUCAAUCCAGCCUCUUUUCUUAGUGGAACUUUGGAUGAGCCAGUGACACAUGACUGCAUAGAAACAGUGGAAGCUAUAUAUUCCAGUCAACCAGACCUCAAAGAAGAACCUCUGGAGGACGCUGAAAACUCCUGGUAUACCGACGGGAGUAGUUUUAUAAAACAGGGACAACGUAAAGCAGGAUACGCAAUCACAACCACCCAAAAGGUAAUCAAAUCUAAGUCAUUGCCUUCCGGAACUUCAGCCCAAAAGGCGGAGAUAAUUGCCCUUACCCGAGCAUUGGAAUUGGCAAAAGGGAAAAAGAUAAACAUUUGGACAGAUUCUAAAUAUGCAUUUGGAGUAGUUCACGCUCACGGUGCAAUUUCGAAGGAACGAGGAUUGCUAACUGCUCAAGGAAAGCAAAUAAAACUUGCAGAAGAAAUCUUAAAACUAUUAGAAGCUGUGAAGCAACCAGAAAAGGUAGCUAUCAUGCAUUGUCGAGGACACCAAAAAGGAAGCACAGAUUCAGAAAUUGGAAAUCGACCAGCAGAUUAUGAGGCUAGGCAAGUGGUGGAAGAAGUGGAAGCAGAGGCAUUAUCCUUAAUACCAGAUGGUAAAAUCCAAACUGACAACCUCUGGAGGAGAAGUGGAACGGACCCUAUCAAGUGUUGCUGACGACCUUCACUGCCAUUAAGAUCAAGGAACAGCCGGCCUGGAUUCACUAUUCAAGAGUAAAGAGAGCACCUGAGAGGCCAUGGACAGUCAUCCCUACAGGACCCACGGGUCUGCGAUUCUCCAGAUCAUGAUGGUAACAGAGUUAUUACUCGGUUUAAAUUAAGCUCGAUGGAACUUGAACUCACAUUUUUCCUUGACACAAAAUGUUUCCCAAAUCCUGAACAGAACUGACUGUUGGAUAUGUACUUACAUGCCAGAACAUGGGGGAAAAGGAAUCUCGCUAAUUGGUAUUCCGAUACCAAGAAAUCACUCCUGGACCGCUCUUUG